AUGGCGCCGCAGGGAUCCAGAACGUGGUCCCAUGUGCAGCCCGACUUUGAACAGAUUAUACCUGCCAACGAGUUCGGAGCCAUUGAGCAGGUGCCCGUACUGUCCACCUUUGCUAGCCGGACGUGCUUGUAUCGCGCGGCGGUCCACAAGCGGACCAUGGCUGGGAUCUCGGGAACCAAGUCGAAGGGCUGCACGAGCAUCGUGAUGUCGGGAGGGUAUGAGGACGACCGGGACGAAGGCGACAGCUUGACGUACACCGGCGCAGGAGGCCGCAUCACCAAGAACGGGGAAGCGCCCCGAGACGGACCUCAGAGUUGUGAUCAGACCUGGCAGAAUGGAUCAAAUGCGGCUUUAAAGAUGUCGGUGACGACGAGGAAACCCGUUCGCGUCGUCCGAGGCUUCCAGUCUAACUCCAAAUAUGCGCCGGCCGCUGGGUAUCGUUACGACGGCCUGUACACCGUGGAGCAGGCGUGGAUGGACACCGGUCGAAGCGGCUUCCAGGUGUGCCGGUUCAGGCUCGUGCGCCUUCCCGACCAGCCUCCCAUCCCGCGUCGCGGCGAGGGCCGAGCUCCUUUCGAUCAUUCCCGCUGGCCCACGCCGAUCAGAUUCCCGUGGAUCAACGUCGUCACUGGCGAGUCAUCGCGCGACACGCAUCCCAGUGACCUCCCGCGACCGACCUCACGCCCUGCGCUCUCCUCACGGCCGACGCCCGGCGGCUCACGAACUCGAGUCGACCCCAACGUCGACCUCAACUCACAGCCUGCCAGCGGGAACGCCGGGGGCCCAUCAAGGCGUGUCCGCGCUGGGCCUUCGAGCCGCGUACGUGCGGACCUACAGCUAGGACGUUCUCCUGCUGCGCCGACGGUCGUACCGCCGACUACGAACCAGAUGAACCGCCUCAGCCGGCAGGCGGAGACCCCGCCAGUGCAGUCACCCACGGACGCGCCGGAGGUAGAUGUGCAGGCGCUGUUGGCAGAGAUGAAGGGGCAGAGCGGACGGGGAUAG